AGGAAUCUACAAGCCGACACCAUGAGAUCCAAGGCGAGGGCGAGAAAACUGGCCAAAAAUGACAGUGAAGCAGCGGAGAACAUGUUCGAGCGGGACCCCAGCCUUCCCGCCGGAGAGAGCGCAGAGGAGGAGACGGAGGACAGCAUCAUGUCCCCCAUCCCCGUGGGGCCCCCGUCCCCUCUCCCCAACGACCAGGACUUCACCCCCAAGGAGGGCUCCCCCUACGAGGUCCCCGUCUACAUUCCUGACGACAUUCCCAUUCCCGGGGACCUGGAGCUCCGAGAGUCUUCCGUCCCAGGGACUGGCCUCGGGAUUUGGGCCAAAGUCAAGAUCCGGCUCGGGGAACGCUUCGGACCGUACAGUGGAACGCAGAGCGCCGCGGUCAAAGAGACCACUUUCGGAUGGGAGCAAAUGUUAAAUGACCAUGAAGUAUCCACCCAGGACAGCAGCAUCAAAAAGGCUGUGGGUGACAUGGACAAUGUGAAGUUCUGCAUAGACUCCAGCCUGGAGGGCACUGAACGCUGGGUAAAAUACGUGCAGACCGCCCCAUCCCUGGAGGAGCAGAACCUGGCAGUGUGUCACCUGAGCGACGAACAGAUUUAUUAUAAAGCUAUUAGGGAUAUUGAAGUUGGGGAGGAGCUUCUGGUUUAUAUGAAGGACGGAGUUUUUCCCGAGGGAUCCAUGGCACCGCACCUAGAAGACGAGCAGAUGUACCGCUGUGAGGACUGUGACGAGCUCUUCCCCUCCAAGCCCGACCUGCGGCGGCACCAGAAGUACUCGUGCAGCAGCGCCGGCUCGCUGUUCGACGCGCUCGGAGACGACUUCAAACAGGAGCGCGAGGACAGCGACGAGCCCCUGCACGAGUGCAAGGACUGCGAGAAGAUCUUCCCCAACGAGUACAGCCUCGGCCAGCACAUGAUCGUCCACACAGAGGAGCGCGAGUACAAGUGCGACCAGUGCCCCAAAGCCUUCAACUGGAAGUCCAACCUCAUUCGCCAUCAGAUGUCACACGACAGUGGCAAGCGGUUCGAGUGCGAAAACUGUGACAAGGUGUUCACAGACCCCAGUAACCUGCAGCGCCACAUCCGCUCGCAGCACGUGGGGGCCCGCGCCCACACGUGCCCAGAAUGUGGCAAGACCUUCGCCACCUCCUCUGGUCUCAAGCAGCACAAGCACAUUCACAGCAGUGUCAAACCUUUCAUCUGUGAAGUGUGUCACAAAUCCUACACCCAGUUCUCCAACCUCUGCCGCCAUAAGCGAAUGCACGCAGACUGUCGCACGCAGAUCAAGUGCAAGGACUGCGGACAGAUGUUCAGCACUACCUCCUCCCUCAACAAGCACCGGCGCUUCUGUGAGGGAAAGAACCAUUACACCCCGGGGGGCCUGUUCAGCCCCGGCCUCCCCAUGACCUCCAGCCCCAUCAUGGGCAAGUCCAAAUCGCACCACGGGCUGAACCACGCCGGCCUGGGCUUCAGCGAUUACUUCCCCUCGCGGCCCCACGCCGGGCUGCCCUUCCCCCCGACCGCGCCCGCCUUCCCCACCCUCUCCCACGGCUUCCCGGGCAUCUUCCCCCACUCGCUGUACCCCCGGCCGCCGCUCCUGCCCCCGAGCCCCCUCCUCAAGAGCCCCCUCAACAGCAGCCAGGACGGGAAGCUGCCCCGCGGGGCCGGGGAGCCCGGCGGCCUGUCCAUGGCGUCCUCGCUCCACAACAACAGCAACAACAACGGCGGCGUCGGCCACGGCCACCCGCUGGACGACAAGGCCGACGGCAAGCUGGACGGGCCCUACGGCGACGGGAAGUCCAAGGUGAAGAUGAGCGACGUGUCGGACGGCAGCGACCUGGAGGACGUGAACACCACCAGCGGCACGGACCUGGACACCACCACGGGCACGGCGUCGGGCUCCGACCUGGACAGCGACGCCGAGAGCGACCGCGACAAGGGCCGGCGGAAGGCGGCGCCGGAGCCGAAGCAGGACGACGUGAGCAGCAGCUCCGUGUCCAUCUCCAGCUCGGGCAACCUGCCCUGCGAGCGGCCCCUGCUCUCCGCCCACCACUCCUUCUUCCCGCCGCCCGACGAGCAGGCCCUGCCGCCCUCCGGCGCCGCCACCGACUCCAUCAAGGCCAUCGCCUCCAUCGCCGAGAAGUACUUCGGGCCCGGGUUCAUGGGCCUGCAGGAGAAGAAGAUGGGGUCGCUGCCCUACCAUUCCAUGUUCCCCUUCCAGUUCCUGCCCAACUUCCCGCAUUCCCUGUACCCCUUCGCGGACCGGGCGCUGAACCCGGGGAUGUUCUUCAAGGCGGAGCCCAAGUCCCCGCGGGAGCCCCUGCAGAAGUUGGGGGUGCCCGGGGCGGAGUCGCCCUUCGACCUCACCGUGAAGCCCAAGGAGGCCAAGCCGCCCGCGCCGCCCAGCAAGCUGGCGCUGGCCUCCAGCACGCCCCUGCUCUCGGGGGAGGAGCAGCCCCUGGACCUCAGCAUCGGGAGCCGGAGCCGGGCCAGCCACAACGGGGGCACCCCGGAGAAGAGGAAGAACCACGUCUACGGGGGCGGCAAGGGCCUGCCCCAGCCUGCCCCGCCCCAACAACAGCCCUCCCUCCACUACGCCAAGCCCUCCCCCUUCUUCAUGGAUCCAAUCUACAGCAGGGUGGAGAAGAGGAAGUUGAUUGAUCCUGUAGGGGCUCUGAAAGAGAAAUACCUGCGCCCCUCCCCCCUGCUCUUCCACCCCCAGAUGUCCGCCAUCGAGAACAUGACGGAGAAGCUGGAGAGCUACAGCGCCCUGAAGCUGGACGGGCCCGCCUCGCUGCAGCACUCCGCCCAUCACCUCUUCAACUUCCGCUCACCGCCCCCCUCGCUCUCCGACGCCAUCCUGCGCAAAGGGAAGGAGCGCUACACCUGCAGGUACUGUGGGAAAAUCUUUCCCAGGUCAGCUAAUCUUACCAGGCACUUACGGACACACACAGGGGAGCAGCCCUACAGAUGUAAAUACUGUGACCGGUCCUUUAGUAUCUCCUCGAACCUCCAGCGACACGUGCGCAACAUCCACAACAAGGAGAAGCCCUUCAAGUGUCACCUGUGCAAUCGCUGCUUCGGCCAGCAGACCAACCUGGACCGUCACCUCAAGAAGCAUGAGCACGAGAACAUCCCAGUGAGUCAGCAUUCUGGGAUCCUUUCAAACCUGGGAACAAACAUCUCCUCUCCAAACUCGGAGCCAGACAAUCAUGCACUUUUAGACGAGAAGGAGGACUCGUACUUCUCAGAAAUCCGCAAUUUCAUUUCCAACAGCGAAAUGAACCAGGCGUCCAGCUCCACAGAUAAAAGGCCGGACCUCCAGGAAGAGGAGCGGGCGCCGAGCCAGGCCUUCCCCAGCUCCAAGCUGAGCGGCCGGGGGGUGGAGGAGGAGGAGGAGGAGGCAGAGGGAGACGAUGAAGACGAGGACGGCAGUCUGACGGAGAAGUCGCAGGAUGAAGCGGCGUCUCCAGCCGCCCUACCCCAGGGAGCCUUCGAGGACGAGGAGGAGCCGGCCUCUCUCUCCAUGAGCUACGAGCACACCAGGAGGUGUAUUGAGGAGGAGGACGCAGGGCUGUUAGACCUGGACCCGCUCCCCAGCUUUACCAAGGGCCUGGACCUCCAUAAGGCCACAGAGGAGCCCUUUGACGUUAAAGACAUAUUUAACACGUCCUUAGAGUCGGAAGCCCUGAAAGAGACGCUGUACAGGCAGGCUAAGACACAGGCUUAUGCAAUGAUGCUGUCUCUGUCUGAAAACAAUCCUUUGCACGCAUCCUCCCAGAAUUCCCUGGAUGCUUGGCUGAACAUGGGAGGGGCCACCUCGGAGGGGAGCAGCUUUCACCCACUCAAUCACAUCUAGGAGAGCGAGAGAGAGAGAGAGCGAGGAAGGUGGAGGGAGGGAGAGAAAGAGAGACAGACGGACCACAGAAUGGACAAAGUGACGCCAAGGGGAGAAGGCAAAGGACCCGCGUCUCCUGCCCUGUGUGUCUGUGGCCAGAGAGAGGCAAAAGAGCGCUCAGCCCUGCUCAUCCGCCAAUCAGCCACCACCCUGAUCUCAGAUCAGCCAAUCAGCCUCAGCCAGGUCAGGAUCGAACAGGAAGGACACACACACAGAAAAACCCCACGUAGUCGCCACAGCAACUGCAUCCAGAAGGCCUGCACCAGUCAAGAGGAGGGCCCACGCAAUCAACCAAUGAAAGCCGGAGCUUCAACACAGCGGCAAGGAAUGAGAAAAAAAAGAUGUUAAACACAGGGUUUGAAAGUAAGUCAGUUGUCAAUGACAAAAAAGCUGUAGUGACAUCAUGGUUGUGAAAACUUGAGUUCAAGUUCAAAUGAAGACUGCAGAGAGCAACAGUACCAUAUACCUUCAAAACAAUAUUCCUAAAUUCACAUGAAUGUAAAGCUCAUUUCUUUCUGGGGCCUCCUGGCAGACACCAGCAAAGAGAAGGCAACUGCACUGCAGGCCCACUGUAUGGUUCUACUGCACUGCAGUUCCACUGUAAUAUGGUUCCUCUGCACUGCAGCGUCACUGUAAUAUGGUUCUACUGCACUGCAGUUCCACUGUAAUAUGGUUCUUCUGCACUGCAGUUCCACUGUAAUAUGGUUCCACUGUACAGCAGUUCCACUGUAAUAUGGUUCCACUGCACUGCAGUCCCACUGUAAUAUGGUUCCACUGCACUGCAGUCCCACUGUAAUAUGGAUCCACUGUGCUGCAGUUCCACUGUAAUAUGGUUCUACUGCACUGCAGUUCCAAUGUAAUAUGGAUCCACUGUGCUGCAGUUCCACUGUAAUAUGGUUCUGCUGCACUGCAGUUCCACUGUAAUAUGGUUCUACUGCACUGCAGUUCCACUGUAAUAUGGUUCUACUGCACUGCAGUUCUACUGUAAUAUGGUUCUACUGCACUGCCGUUCCACUGCAAUAUGGAUCCACUGUACAUUCCCCUCACAGUCUUAGCGAAGCUGCUUCUGCAAUGCCUCUUUAGUCAGGCCCAUUCCUGCUUUAGUCAGACCCAUUCCUGCUCUGCCUAGCUUUCAGCGAUGAUCACAAAUCCAUGGACAUUAGCCCACCUCUGGCUUCAACAUGAGAGUACUGAGGGUUCUGGAGAGGCUCACUAACAAUGAUGCAACUGAACAAACUUUCCAAAUACACACAGUGUGAUUCUCGAAAUACCACGGUCUAGGAAUUUUUAAUUUGUUUGAAAAAUAUAUCCAUUUAGAAUUUAAAUUAUUACCCAUUGGGGCCAAUAGUAAAAACAAAAAAUAAAUAAUACUCAAAAAAAGAUCUUUCUUCCUCAUUAAAUUCAAAUUCAUUUUUUAACUCGACAUUUUUGUAUGUUAUUUGUUCUAUAAAACAGUAUUGUUUCUUUUUUAGGCACUACAGUGCUAAAAUGCUAAUAUAAUUAUUUAGUGAAGGACCAAAAUUGUAUGAUAUUGUUGUAUGUUGUACAAAAUAACCAGGACGUUCGUAGCAGGAGUGAUGUGUGCCAAAUAACCCGUAGAAAAUGUUUUGUUUUCUGACAAUCAUUUCUUUUUGAAGGGUUUUUUAUUUGCUGUUGUAGUUUGUUGUUAUUGCUUUCUUGUAGGUUUGUUUGAUUUGAUGGGUUUUGUGUAUCUUAUUUAUUUUGGUUGUUUUGUCAUUAUUGAAGAAAAGUGACAAAUGAAAAAAGAAAAGAACUCCCUUUUAUCCCACUUGAGUUUUCUGAAGGAGAACCGUGUAAAAGGAAGCUGUACCUGAGAUUGUGAAUCUCGGGUAUCGAUGCUGUUGCUUAGAGACCAGUGUGCCAAAUUCUAAAGAAACCGUGAGACCAUCCCUUUUAUUUAUGAUGAGAAGUUAGUCGUAGUUCAGCUCUUGCUUUGCAAUUAGUGUUCUUUGUGAGGUUUGGUUUGUCUCGCCGCAGUCCGACAAUUUCAUGCUGUAUGCAGAGUGUUUUGUGUGGAAAAAAAGGUUUAGGUUUUAAUGUAACCGUUCUUGGAAACAUUCACUUAGAAAUUGGUGUAUGGCCACUUAAAACGUCAGGUGACCUAAACGUCUGGGCAUUGCAUUUUAUUAGUGAUCUACAGUAUGUAAAAUAAGAACAUGUUUUUUACUCCCUGAGUAGCACGUUUUUUUUACCCCUGGAGCUGCUGUACUCUGAUCUGUGGCUGCACCAGGUCCACGGCUUGUCUUUUUAUUCUGGAAUGAACAAUUAAUUCAACAAACAUUCAGCCUGUGGGACUCCGUGGAGAGGGAGAGGGGUUUAUCUGUCAGAUUCAGCCCUCUGUGACGCCGUUAAGAGGGACCGGGGGUUUUAUUUGUCCGAUUCAGCCUGUGUUCCACACAGGUCAGUUAUAGUGCACAUCCUCUGUAAUGUGCAGGUCACUGCACACUGAUCACUGUAUAUGACUGUUCACUCCUGACGAUGAGCAACGUCACGCCCACCGCAGAAAAGGCACAUAAUUAUGUACACGUGUGUGGCAUUCAGUGAGAGCUGUGCUGACCCUGAUUGGCCAUCUCAGGAAGGGGGCGGGCUUUGGUUUUAUCCCGGUCCUGGGAUUCCACGGGUCCUUCCAUCUGUCAGUUAUGAGUAGGGGGCCGGAGCCUCUGCACAGCACUUAUACAGAACUGUGAAGCCAGUGAAUUAAUCCUACUGAAGGAAAAUAGGAAACUGUUUGCAACAAACAUGUCUGUGUGGACAGGUAAAUGAUUUUAGGUGUUAUAUCAGCAUCCCUGGUCUAUCACAAUCUCUCGGAAAAAAAAAACAGCAUCACUUGAAAAGAGUUGGAGAAAUGGCAGAGGUUCUAACUGCCUUUGUGUCCCGUCCUCCCCCGAAGCUUUCGUUUAAAGUCAUUCCAUACGCCCAUUUCAGUCAGUGCAGAACUUACCAUAGCACUUAACCCGUGAGCAUUUGUGUCACACUCAGCCGCUGGAGGAAUAAAGUGGAUGCUGGUCGCAUUAAGAGAUUUCAGGAUGAGGCUGACUUGGUUCAUCAAGCACUUUAUCUCUUGGAGAACGCCUGCAGAUGCUGUUAAAGGUGGAGGCAAUCAGAAGGCAGAGUCCUGACUGUAACGUACCCAGCAAAGCAAAAAUCUCUUUGUACAUUUUUUCUGUACGAACAUGAAAAUGUGAGCCUCCUGAUCGUGUCUUAGAAAGUUGUAGAAGUAUCUCUCUGGAGAGAAACACGCUGCAAACAUUCAAACGGGAAAUCCUGUCAGGCUGGGUAACAUAACAUGUUCAGAACUCUCUCUCUCUCAAAACUCUCUGAAUGAUCUACAAUCCAUGAUUUAAUGUGUUGGGUAGCAAAAUGGGUGAUUUAUCUACCAGCAAAGACUUUUGUAAAACUGAAGCACUGUAGUACAUAAAUGUGCCAGCAGGUGGCAGGGUUAUAUCAGUUUUGUCCGGCAACCAACAGAGAAAGUAGUAGCAGUCUUCACAAGAUUUGAAAUAGGUAUGUGUAUAUAUAUAUAUAUAUAUAUAUAUAUAUAUAUAUAUAUAUACACACACACACAUUAAUUUGCAGUAUUUUAUUAAAUGCCGAAGCAUACUUGGAUGAAUAAAUGUGUGGGGGAAAUGGUAUCUUGGGUAACUUCAUGUCACAUACUACUGUAGUAAGUGUGCGCUGUAGGUUAUAGAAUAAAUGAUUCAAAUAAGGAUCACAUUGCCAGCUAUUGUAAGGAACUAAUGAAGGGUCACUGGCUUAAUAACUUGACAUGGUCACUGUUCUUUCCCCACUGUUACAGUACAAACUAAGGUAAAAUGGUUUCCUUUAAACUGUAUAGUAUUCCGAAAGCAAAGUUGCAUUUGUCUGAAAAAUUCAUUAAAAAAAUAUAUGGGUUUAAAAUGGAUGGUGCUUGUUUCAUUUUGGAUUGGAAUUGUAUAUCUCCUCUGUUAUGUUUAUUAAAAAUAAUGUGCAUGACCUGUGUUUAGCAGUCAUAAUGGUGUCCAUUUGUGAAAUGUGUAUCUUAAAUUUUAAAGAGUAAAAAAAAAAAAAAUCCGUAGAUGCACUUAUUGUACAUGUGGUUAGGUUAGUAGAUUUGAGACUUAAAGUCCUUUACUGCCUUAAAAAAACACGAUGGGCAGAUGUCUAUUAAAUAAAUACCAUAUGCUUGUGGGAGACAAAUAAUGAAAAUCUGAGAAGAUUGUAGAAUAAUAUUGAAAACUGAAAUUGCGGUUCUUUUUGAUGCUUGUGAUUAUUGAAGAUGUACUUUAGAGAAAUUCCAUUGAAAAAAGAUCUCUGAUUCUGAUGUUAAUUCUGUAGAAUAGGAAUGUAUACCAAAUGUAAUCUUUCCAAUGCUAUGAAGAAUUUAUACAUGAAAUUGAUAUGCAAUAAAACCUGUGUGCUUUUUAAA